AUGGCUACCGAGUCUCUCAAGAUCGCUCUUAUUUAUGAGCUUCGCGAGGCCUACAAGGCCCUCGGUUACUCAAAUGCAGACUGCGACAGGUUCGAAGUCGGAGAAGCAGCCGAGCACAUAGCUGCUGCUCUCAAAAAUUUGGGGCAUGAGGUUGUCCUUGUUCCAGACAUCCAUUCCCUGGUUAAGAGGCUAGCACAUGGCGAGGGUAGUACAUGGGACUUGGCAUUCAAUACCACGGAGGGCCUACAUGGAUUAGCUCGAGAAGGUCAAGUUCCCGCAUUGUUGGAGGCCUACCAAAUCCCGUUCACAUUUUCGGAUGCGGCCACGAUGGCAUUGUGUUUGGACAAGGGCAGAACAAAGAUGGUUCUUGAACACUUCAAAGUUCCAACUGCUCCGUUUGCAGUGAUCCACUUCGAUCAUACCGCUGAGAAGACGCAGGUUUCAUUGGACGAGAUCCUGUCUAUGAUUCGCAUGUCUCGUCAUUCCGAAACGCUGCUGAGUCAAUAUCCGUUGUUUGUAAAGCCUCUUGCUGAAGGCUCUUCCAAAGGAAUUGGAGCAACCAACAAAAUCAAGAGUAUUGAAUCCCUAUGUGGGGUGGUCAACUCUCUUCGAGAUUCCAGCCCCUCAUCGCUUGGGGUUCUCGUCGAGAAGUAUCUUCCGGGCCGAGAAUUCACUGUGGGCAUCCUGGGAACGGGCGAGGAUGCAUGGGUGGUCGGUGUCGACGAGAUCAUAUGGUGCAGCAAAGAGUCGACGAAUUCUAACCCCGAGUCAGUAGAGUUCACAACUGAAAAAUCGAAGUCAGCCGACGAUUGGGCUGGAGAGGCCGAUGAGAUCAAGAUCGGACGGGACGACCAGGAAGCUGACCUUGCCUGUCAAACAGCUCUUCGGGCAUGGACUGUCCUGCGCUGCCGUGAUGGAGGAAGAAUUGAUAUACGGAUGGAUCACUCCUCUGGGUCGCCAGUCGCUCAUGUCAUGGAGAUCAAUCCCCUAGCAGGUCUUCUCCCACAUUGGUCGCAGUUGCCCAUGAUCGCCGAACACAAUAAUGUCUCGUACAAUGAGCUUAUCGAAUACAUACUAAAGAGUGCUUUACAGAGGCGGAGGGGUCGGGUUCUGAACUGA